AGGUUGCCAUGUUUGACCUUGAAUUCCACAAGUUCCAAGGAGCCGGAAAUGACUUUAUUGUCAUCGACAACCGGAACAACCAAUGCGCCCCGACGGACGAUCACAGAAGACAGAUGUGCGACAGACAUUUUGGAAUCGGAGCAGACGGUGUCUUGGAGAUACAGACAAGCGAGAGGGCAGACUUCCGCGUGUUGUACUUUAACUCUGACGGAAAGGAAGGCAGCCUUUGCGGCAAUGGUUGCCGGUGCGCCAUAGCAUUCGCUUGGGCAAACGGCAUGAGAAGCUCAGAGGAUGAAACAGGGAAAAAGAAGAGAAAAGGUUUAGAGCGUGAAUCGGGUCGUCGCGGAGACAGUUCCACUGCGACCAGUGAAGGUGAGAGUGACGGUGUUGCGACAGCGUUGCCAGUGUACCACUUCGAGGCUGCAGACGGCCUUCACGUUGGCGGGGUCGAACACGUCGGCCACGAGGGUCACGUGACGUACUUCGUCAACUUCAGAGACAUGACGUCGGAGGGAAUCAAAGUUUACAGCGGUGGGGAGAUGUUUCUGGACACGGGGUCGCCGCACCACGUGACCUUCGUCCCCUCUGGCCUGGACGAGCUGGACGUGGUCAGGACGGGGAGACAACUCAGGUACGGACUGUAUGGACAGAGGGGAAGUAACAUUAACUUCGUCAGCGAGGUCACACCCGAGGGUCGGCACGCACAGCUCGACGGAGACCGUGGCAUGGACGUAGGGCCAGCCAGACUUCGCGUGAGGACCUACGAACGUGGUGUCGAAGAGGAGACGUUGGCGUGCGGCACAGGCGCGGUGGCUGUGGCCAUUGCCCAUUAUCUCAAGGAAAGUGACACCAGCCUCACAGCGCAUACCGGUGGCGUCACCUGGCGAACACACCCAGGAAAUGACGCGGGUGACCCAACUAGAAACAACUAUGACGUGACAGCAGAAAGCGGUGACGUCACUCGCCUUCCAGCUCACGGCAACGGCGUCAGCGAUGGGAAACCAAUCAGAAGUGCCGCUGCAAGAGCCCGUUUUGACCGGAAAGGGGACGAUGCGGGAAAUGUUGAAGAAAUUGCAAUGGGAAGACAAAUUCAGGGCACCGACGUCCAACGCAUUAUUCUAAUGAAAGGCGGAGACCUCAAAAUAUCUUUUAAAGCCAUCAAGGGAACUUCGUCAGCAGACCAGGCGGGACUACUCACGUUUACAAAUAUAGAACUGUCGGGACCGGCAGAGUUAGUUUUCCAUGGGGUUUAUGCAGUAAAACGUCAUCAAACAUGGCCGUCAUAGGAAGAUGUAGAACAUUUUCUUUAUUUACUUGAUAGCCAAAACUCUCUCCGAAAAAGAGUGAGGUUUGAUGGGGUUUUAAUUCUGAAAAGUGAUUAAAAUUAUG